CUAUUUCCCUAUAGACCGCGCUGUAGUUAAACAGCGCUGGGUGUCGUCCUUAAAACAUCGUACGACGGAGUCAUAGCUGCGUGAAACGUGAACACACAUCCCUGCUAAUUCAAGACCAGAACAAUUUUAUUUAGAAUAGACGCACCGGCUGCUGUAACGCGUGAUACAAUCGAUGGCAUAUUGCUUGGUUUUAUAGUAAACCCGUUAUAGAUUUUUAAAUAUGCAGGAUAAAGGAGAUUUAGGGUUAUAGCUAAAACAUGGAUAAUGUAGUGGGGAUAAAAGGGUAAUUCGGCUGGAAGCGUCGCCAGAGCGCGCCCCGUCUCAAUCCGUUCUAGCGUAGAGGCAGAACAAAGGAAACCGAGUGCACAGCGGCUCUAUAACAGUGAGAGAAUAGCUGGCGCCGGCUUCGUUUUCCCUCUCUGAUUUCCUAUUGGUUCGUAUACUUCUGGGCGCCCUUGAGCGAGCCAAUAGGAACAUAGACAGAGAGAGCUAAGCGCUUGUCAUGGGGGUGGAUGAACGCUGUGAGAGGUGGAGGUUUAUUUGGGAUAUUUAGUUUGGCGGUAGUGGGAUUCCAUCGGUAAGGAGAUUCCGGUAGGAAGUACGGAGAAGCAGAGCCAGGCGAAGGGGAGGCGGUCACAGACAAGAGCAUGUUUAACACAAAUCGUCAAAAGAUAAUGGAACGAACUGAGAUUUUAAAUCAAGAGUGGAAACAGCGCAGAAUCCAGCCUGUGCACAUAAUGACUACAGUCAGUUCUUUAAGAGGGACUAGAGAGUGCUUUGUGACUAGUGAUUUAGAUUUCCCAAAACAAGUUAUACCUUUGAAAACACUCACUGCUGUAGCCUCUAUGCCUAUUAUGUAUUCCUGGUCUCCUCUUCAGCAGAAUUUCAUGGUGGAAGAUGAAACUGUUCUGCAUAAUAUUCCAUAUAUGGGUGAUGAGGUUUUGGACCAAGAUGGGACAUUUAUUGAAGAACUCAUUAAAAACUAUGAUGGAAAAGUUCAUGGAGACAGAGAAUGCGGUUUCAUUAAUGAUGAGAUAUUUGUGGAGUUAGUCAAUGCAUUGGCACAAUACAGCGAUUAUGAAGACGAUGAAGAUGGAGAGGAUAAUCAAGAUGAUGAGAGGGAUGACACAACAAAAGAUCAGGAUGAUAACAUGGAGGAAAAGGAAACUCUGCCUCUCAGGAAAUUUCCCUCUGAUAAAAUUUUUGAAGCAAUAUCCUCAGUGUUUCCAGACAAGGGUACAUCUGAAGAACUGAAAGAAAAAUACAAGGAAUUAACAGAACAACAACUUCCAGGGGCACUUCCUCCAGAGUGCACCCCAAAUAUAGAUGGAUCAAAUGCAAAAUCUGUACAACGAGAACAGAGUCUUCAUUCAUUCCAUACCUUGUUUUGUCGGCGAUGUUUUAAGUAUGAUUGUUUUUUGCACCCAUUUCAUGCAACUCCUAAUACUUACAAAAGGAAGAACAAUGAAGCAGCUAAUGAUGGAAAACUUUGCGGACCAUACUGCUACCAGCUUUUGGAAGGAGCACGGGAGUUUGCUGCAGCUUUGACAGCAGAAAUAAUAAAGACACCACCAAAGCGACCCAGUGGUCGCCGAAGAGGUAGACUUCCCAACAACAGCAGCAGACCAAGCACCCCAACUGUAAAUGUGUUAGAAGCCAAGGACACGGAUAGCGACCGAGAAGCUGGAACUGAAACUGGAGGGGAAAGCAAUGAUAAGGAGGAAGAAGAGAAAAAAGAUGAGACCGACAGCUCCUCUGAAGCAAACUCCCGUUGCCAAACACCAAUAAAAAUGAAGCCAAAUAUUGAGCCACCUGAAAAUGUGGAAUGGAGUGGAGCAGAGGCCUCCCUAUUUCGAGUGCUAAUUGGAACCUAUUAUGACAACUUCUGUGCAAUUGCAAGAUUGAUCAGUACCAAGACAUGCCGGCAAGUCUAUGAGUUCAGAGUAAAGGAAUCCAGUAUUAUCGCUCCUGUUAUUGCUGAGGAUGUUGACACUCCUCCGAGAAAGAAAAAGAGGAAACACAGGCUUUGGGCAGCACACUGCAGGAAAAUUCAACUGAAAAAAGAUGGUUCUUCAAACCAUGUUUACAAUUACCAGCCAUGUGAUCACCCCCGCCAGCCCUGUGACAGCUCAUGCCCCUGUGUCAUAGCCCAGAACUUUUGUGAGAAGUUCUGUCAGUGCAGCUCUGACUGCCAAAACAGGUUCCCUGGAUGCCGCUGUAAAGCACAGUGCAAUACAAAGCAGUGCCCUUGCUACCUGGCUGUACGGGAGUGUGACCCAGACCUGUGCUUGACUUGUGGGGCUGCCGAUCACUGGGACAGUAAGAAUGUAUCCUGCAAGAACUGCAGCAUUCAGCGCGGCUCCAAGAAGCAUUUGCUAUUGGCUCCUUCUGAUGUUGCUGGCUGGGGGAUAUAUAUCAAAGAUCCUGUACAGAAAAACGAGUUCAUCUCGGAAUACUGUGGAGAGAUCAUAUCCCAGGAUGAAGCUGAUCGAAGAGGGAAGGUGUAUGAUAAAUAUAUGUGUAGCUUCCUCUUCAACUUGAACAAUGAUUUUGUAGUAGAUGCAACACGGAAAGGCAACAAGAUCCGAUUUGCAAACCAUUCUCUGAAUCCAAACUGCUAUGCAAAAGUAAUGAUGGUUAAUGGAGACCAUAGAAUAGGCAUUUUUGCGAAGAGAGCCAUUCAGACGGGUGAAGAACUCUUCUUUGAUUACAGAUACAGCCAAGCAGAUGCCCUGAAAUAUGUGGGUAUUGAGAGAGAAAUGGAAAUCCCCUGAUUCUAGCUACCUCCUUGUGAACCCCAUGCCUUACCUUCUUCAGGAAUUUCUUAUGCGCAACUUUAGAUACAAAGAUGGGAAGAAAAUUCAAGCUGAAGUUACAGAGUACUGUAACCUUUAAUUUAUAGUGAUCUGACCACAAUGCAAGUCUUUCCUUUGCCGGUUGUAAUUGUCUUUUGUACAAUGAUGUUAUUCAGGUACAUGUCCCACCUCAAAUAAAAUAUACUUGAACUUCUGUA